GGAGACCCUGCUCCCGGGCCCUGAUAUAAGACCCUUCUCCUUGUCACUGCUGUGGUGCAUUUCUUUUCUUUCCUUCUCCAGCUUGGAUAGCAGUUCAUUCUUUUUUCUGCAGGUCAACUUCCUUCAUUCCUCCUUUCAUUCAUUCACUCCCUUCUCUCCAUUUUUCAGUCCUUCUUUUUACCACUUUUCUCCAAAAUGAAGUCCUCUACUUUCGGUAUGCUCGCUCUGGCAGCAGCAGCCAAGAUGGUCGAUGCCCACACCACCGUCUUCGCCGUCUGGAUCAACGGUGAGGACCAGGGCUUGGGCAACAGUGCCAGUGGCUACAUCCGCUCUCCCCCCAGCAACAGCCCCGUCAAGGACGUGACCUCGACCGACAUCACCUGCAACGUCAACGGCGACCAGGCGGCGGCCAAGACCCUGUCCGUCAAGGGCGGCGACGUCGUCACCUUUGAGUGGCACCACGACAGCCGUGACGCCUCCGACGACAUCAUCGCCUCCUCCCACAAGGGCCCCGUCAUGGUCUACAUGGCCCCGACCACCGCCGGCAGCAGCGGUAAGAACUGGGUCAAGAUCGCCGAGGACGGAUACUCCGACGGCACCUGGGCGGUCGACACCCUGAUCGCCAACAGCGGCAAGCACAACAUCACCGUCCCCGACGUCCCCGCCGGCGACUACCUCUUCCGCCCGGAGAUCAUCGCCCUCCACGAGGCCAACAACGAGGGUGGCGCCCAGUUCUACAUGGAGUGUGUCCAGUUUAAGGUCACCUCCGACGGUGCCAACACCCUGCCAGAGGGUGUCAGCCUGCCCGGCGCCUACUCCGCCACCGACGCCGGUAUCCUCUUCAACAUGUACGGUUCGUUCGACAGCUACCCUAUCCCCGGUCCCUCCGUCUGGGAUGGCACUAGCUCUGGCUCUUCCUCUUCUGCUUCUUCUUCUUCUUCCUCUGCCGCCGCUGCCGUUGUUGCCACCUCUUCUUCUUCCUCUUCCAUCGAGGCCGUGACCACCAAGGGUGCCGUCGCCGCCGUCUCCACCGCCGCCGCCGUGGCCCCUACGACCACCGCUGCCCCCACCACCUUUGCCACGGCUGUCGCCUCGACCAAGAAGGCCACUGCCUGCCGCAACAAGACCAAGUCCUCCGCUCAGGCCUCCGCCGCGGCCACCACCGCUGCCGCCGUCGCCGAGACCACCUCUUCCACCGCUGCCGCUGUCGCCGUUGAGACCACUGCCGCCGCCGCUGCUGCUUCCUCCAGCUCCUCCUCCGCCUCCUCCGGUACCGCCGGCAAGUACGAGCGCUGCGGUGGCCAGGGCUGGACCGGUGCCACCACCUGCGUUGACGGCUGGACCUGCAAGCAGUGGAACCCUUACUACUACCAGUGCGUUGAGUCUGCCUAGAUUCGUUCGGUCAGAAGGGGGGAGACGAAGACGAGGUGUGAGGGCGAGUUAGUGGGGGAUACUUAGAUCGGCGGUUUUGUGGAUGUUCGUUGUAUAAAUUAAUCAAAUUCCGG